AUGUCAUUCGCGCCCAUCACGGCUGGCUACCGCGCGGCGCUCGUGUACCACUCGGUGGGUUUGAACUUCUUUGUUGGCGACACGUCACUCAUGCCCGUGCCGCGACACGCGACCAUUGCUGCUCUGGCCACGAUUGCGGCGACGCCGCUACCAGUCUGCGAGCGCAUUGCCCGCCCUCUUUGUUACAAUAUGCACGAGCUCACAUUUCGAUCGUUGAGUCGGACGGACGCUGAUUUUGUGGCGAUUCUCGUCGCUACAAAGUGCUAUGACGUGGCCCUUGUCUGCUUUACGGAAGGCACCUUGCCGUACUCGAAAAAGAAGGGCUUUCUCAACACUGUGGCGGCUUGCGCGCCGCACCGUUCGUGCCAAAUUCCGAAUGUCGUCGUCGAGCAUGUGCUAGGGAAGAGCGCCCACGCGUUUCUCCACGACGUUCCCCAAUCGCCGGACGAAUGCCCGGCGGCUGCGAUCCUCUUUUGGCCCAAGAUGUGCCGCGUCAGCAUCGUGGGCGCGCAGCUCGUGCUGCCGCUGCUCAAGAAUGCGGUUGCUCGACCCAAGGCCAACAAGCUCGGCCUCGACAGCGCCGAUGAUCUUGUCGGCGGUACGAUCGGCCUCGUUCAGAGCAUGCUGUCACUCAAAAACGCCACGUUGUCCCUCAAGGACGCGGCAAAGAUGGCCGAGGCUUUGGUUGGAUGCAACAACGUGGCCAUGGCCGACCUCUUUAUUGGUGACGUUGUCGUGGUCACCCGCUGGCUCGAGUUUGACGCAGCGGUCGUUAUGAUUGAGAAAUGCUUGGCGAAAUACGGGUGGUUGGCUCUGGAGGCAGCCAUGCUGCGGCUCAUCCAACGCUGGGUCAAAGACGACGUGAGCUCGACCGCUCGGCUCUUGGCGAACUUGGCGGGUGCCACGAACAACAGCAAGGUCGCCCCACUGCAGCAGCCGUUUGUUUGUGAAUUCUUCAAGCGCUCUUGGCACGAGGUACUCGUGCACCAACCCACAUGGCCGACCUCGACGAUCGACGAGUACAUUGUCCUCAUGGACGGCUACCUUCACGACAUUGCGCCGUUCCACGUGAACGGCCACUGGCUGAGCCAGAAGCUGCCGCCAGCGCUCGUGUCGGUUGUCGACAGCUUCCUCUACAAGCACCGCCAUGGGGUGUACACACUGCUGUCGCUGGAGAUGGACACGAAAUGGCGACUGCAAUGUCUUCCAACCUUCCUCGUCAAGGCAGUUGCGCUGCAGCCAGCGUUGGUUCAAACACCGUAUUUGGAAGUGAUUGCAACCCUCGCCGACGCGCACACAAGGGGCGACUACUAUGCGACUUUGGGCUUCACUGGCGUCUACAGUCUCUUGAGCUGCAUGGACCGCAUCGGUCGCUGCGACGAAGCGCUCAUGGACAAAGUUCGGACGCUCUGCGGCACAGACGCAGCUGACGCCUUUGCAUACCUCGUCACGAAAACGCCCGUGUCGGCGGUGACGCGCGAGCGUGUGGCCGCGUAUUUGGACAACAAGGCGCAGCGGUUCCUUGACGACGCAGUCAAUGCGGACGCAAAGGACCAUUGUAUUGUGAACAUCGUGGCCGAGUUGGUCAAGGCGCUCGACACCGUCGCCCCCGAGAAGGUCGCGAGCUUUUUCACGCAGUGGCUCCCAGAUGAACCGACGUCGCUCACGUUCACGCGGGACCAGCUCUUUCCAGUGGUGGAGGAAAUGGCCGCCAUGUACCGGGACAAACAUCGCGAUGUCGUGCUCCAUCUCGCAACCCACUGCCGCGACGGGUUCAAGCGCGGAAUGGCAGAGCAUAGGACGUCGCGCGACGACGAAGACUUCGAUUAUUACGAUGCGAAGCUCAACCGACGGGGUGAUCUGCAGUGCCUUGCGACGCUCAACGCAUUGCUCGCUCGAAUGACGACGACGUCGCGCAAGCGCGCCCGACGCAGCGACACGAGCGCAUAAGAUCUUAGUGGCAAGCAAUACAUCUUGAACAGUAUAUCGCUACGCCAGGGCGAAUCCGCAAUGCACC